GCGCGCGCUAAGAGCGGGGCCGUCUGCUUACUGGGCUGCGUGAUGUGGCUGUGGCUCUAGUCGCGAGUGCACGACUUUCCACAAAGAGCAUCGCCUAAACAUCGUGAGAGCAAACUUCCGGAGAUCGCUACUAUUAGGCGACGUGCAGAGAGGAUAGAAGUCAUUGGAAAAUCUCGACGCUUGCUGUCCUGUUUGUAGGUGAAGGGGGAAAAAGAAGUGCGCGGAGUAAUAAUAACACAAAAUCAACACGUAGCCGGUGGGAUUUCAGAGUGGGAGCCAGUGAGAAAGAGAGACGGACGGUUACAAAACACGCAAGUGUGGAGCAAAUAUCGAACGGCUUCCUUACGGUUUUAUGUGCAUACUGUAUGUGGAGGACUUUUAAAUAACAAUCAUCGACACGAGACCCUCGUCUUCUGUGCUGGAAAGUGCAUUUUUGAAACGGGAAUAAUGAAGAACGUUUGGAUAAUCCUUACACUCAGCCUGGUGGUGUCUGCAUCGGGGGAGACGGUCCAAAGAACCUCAGAUGAUAAAACUUUGACAGAAGAAAAAGAUCUUUACCUAGACGACGGCUCGGGAGGUUAUCCUGUAGAUGAUGAUGACUUCAAUUCAGGGUCAGGUUCAGGCAGCGACGUCGUCGUUGAAGAGGUGGACACUGUGAGAAUACCUAAUUUGUUUCCAAAGAUGCAACCGACCAGGGACUCAACUAAAGUCUUCACACCAAAAGUUGAGACGUCAACAGCCAAAGCCAAAAUGAUUCCGAAGAAGCCUACCAGAACAGAGCAACCAGAUGUAAUCACAGAAGAAGGCCGCAGUUCAGAUGACCUCAUUAGUACAACUAGCAAACCGUCUAAGACAGCAAGCGGCAAUGUGAACACAGAUGUAUCUGCAGAGAAACAUCCAGAAAGCCUCUUCCAGAGAAAAGAAGUCUUGGCAGCUGUCAUUGCAGGUGGAAUCAUUGGGUUCCUGUUUGCAAUCUUCCUCAUCUUGCUGCUGGUGUACCGCAUGAGAAAGAAGGACGAAGGCAGCUACGACCUCGGCGAACGCAAACCAUCGAGCACCGCCUAUCAGAAGGCUCCUACCAAGGAGUUUUACGCGUAAAACAAACGAGAAAAAACAAAACACAAAAAACUGUGCAGGGUCUCUUAUAGGAGAUUAAAGAACUUUAAAUAAAAAUAAACACAACGUUAAAAAGAGCUUUCGCAUAGAGUAAUGAAGACCGUUUUUUUUUUUUGUUUUUUUUACCCUUUCCUUAAAAAGUCAAGAUGGUGAUUUUAACGCAAGUCCCAACGUAUUUAAAUAUUUCAUGUAUUCUUUGAAAGGCUGAAGACUAAGACAGAAUAUAAAAAAAAAAAAAAAUCGAACAGUCGGAGUGGUGCAUCUCAGAAGCCAUUCGUUUCUCCUGACUGUUUUAUUUUUUUGUUUUUCUUUAAAGUGGUACGUGUAAAAAGACAAUGGAGAUUGAAUAUAAUUGUUUUGUAUCUGUCCUGUUUUUUUUUUUUUCUUGGUACUUAUUUUUUUUUUUUUUUUUGGGUUGGGGGGUUGUUCUUUUCAUUUGUUCAUAGCAUGUCGCAAGGUGUAUUUCUUUAAUUUAUCUGUUUUUUCAGAUAUUAAUUGCCUUUUUUUUUUUCUUUUCACUAGUCUUUCACGGUGCAAUUUUGUCAUCCACGGGAAAAAAAAAAAAUAUAUAUAUAUAUAUCAAAUAACAUUGAAUUGGCGGCACGGUGGCGCAGUGGGUAGCGCUGCUGCCUCGCAGUUGGGACACCUGGGGACCUGGGUGCGAUUCCCGGGUCCUCCCUGCGUGGAGUUUGCAUGUUCUCCCCGUGUCUGCGUGGAUUUCCUCCGGGCGCUCCGGUUUCCUCCCACAGUCCAAAGACAUGCAGGUUAGGUGGAUUGGCGAUUCUAAAUUGGCCCUAGUGUGUGCUUGGUGUGUGGGUGUGUUUGUGUGUGUCCUGCGGUGGGUUGGCACCCUGCCCAGGAUUGUUUCCUGCCUUGUGCCCUGUGUUGGCUGAGAUUGGCUCCAGCAGACCCCCGUGACCCUGUGUUCGGAUUCAGCGGGUUGGAAAAUGGAUGGAUGGAUAACAUUGAAGUGUAAAAGUAAUUUCUCCCUAGAGGUGCUUUGUAACCUUUUGUUCUCUUCUUUAUUAAAAGUAGGAGUCCCACUGUGCUCUCUCUUUCUCGGGUAAUGUAGCUUGUGACGCAUUGGCCGCAGCAGCAUCAAACGUACGAAUUGGUCCUGACCGCAAAAUAAAGUGACGUCUGUUACCGACUUGGCAACUCUUCUGAUGAGGAGGACUUUGAUGUAAGCUACUGACACGCCUAAGGAAACCCAAAGACUUUUUAACAGUAUUCUUAAAGAGAGUUCUUAUGGCCACAGUCCUGUCCCUUUUCCAGUAGACCUUUAUUUUUAAUUUUUUGAUUAGAGACUGAACAAAUAUGGAUCCAGCUGCUUAAAAGUACACAUAUAAAUAUAUAUAUAUAUUUACAAAUGUUUUAAGCCUUUGAAGUGCCUACCAUUCUGAAUUGUGCUUGUUUUGAGAGAUUUCUGUAUAACAAUGUAUUACAAUGAUUUUUUGCUGGCAUUUUAUAAGCACAGGCAAACUGUAAUGGUAACUUUUGUAGUCUUAAAAAAAAAAAAAGAAGCAGACAGUAUUGUAUCUAUAAUUUCAAACACACUACUGAAUAAACAUUGUGGCCUAAUACUAA